GUGAAAUAUCACCUUAUGGCCACAAAAGGCUGACUGCCUAUUCAAACGCUCUUUAGUGAAGGCAGCCAAAAGUGAGCCGGGCCUCUGCACACAGUCUGUACGUCACCAUAGCAACCCUUGUCAACCAGGAAGUCCUGUAGUGGUAGAGCGAGUGAGAGAGUAAGUGAGAGUGCAUAUAUGUGUCAGUAUGUGAGAGGGACUUAACAGAGGUGAAGUAGACUGGAGAAAAAAACCAGUGAGAGAGGAAAGAACUGACUGAAAGCAGACACAGAGAGAGAAGAAAAGUACAGAAAGAGCAGGUUGGACCUGAAAGGUUAUUUUACACAAAGCAGACCAAGCAGCACUUUGGGAAUUGUGUGUGGCAUCCUGGGAAAUCUGUGCGUGGCUGCGCUGUCACACACUUGCACACCCACACGAGCCGGCAGUGAGUCUGAGAUCUGAGUGAUUACGGACCAGGAUCCCUGCAGAUGACAUGCAGUCUCAGAGAAGAGUGGAGGUGCAUGACCAUCUCAAUGGCUCGCGGAUCAUUUUCUCGGACGAGGCUCUUCCCGGCAGUGGAUCAAGACAGCACUUCAUGUCUCCGGAUAUGACCCAAGAAGUAGUUGUAAUCUCUCCUGGACUUCCUACACCUCCCUUAAGCCCGUUCCACAACAGUUCAGCCCUUGCAUCUUCACAGCACAAGGUCACUGAGGUCAAUGGAGGUGGAUUCCCAACUCAAAGUUUUGGAUCCUACUAUGGGCCGACUCAGACAACUGUUGGGUUGUCCAAUGGUGGGAUACGGACUGGAGGUUCUACCACAUUGCCCAGGACAUCUGGCAUUCGAGAGGAGCGCUUAAUCAAGUUCUCUGGAAUAGGUCCUGUAGAUGAGACAGGAAUGCCGAUCGCAUCCCGAUCUAGCGUAAACAAGCCCAAGGACUGGUAUAGAAGCAUGUUUAGACAAAUCCACAAGAAACCAGAGGAGUGUGAGCUUGACUGGAGAGAAAGGAAGUUGUCAUCUUCUCCUCCCCCAGAUUCUGGCCAGCAGGACGGGCGCUCAGACCCCUUCACCCUCAACCCGCAUGGAGCCCUGCCUGACUGGGCUGAUCUGGGCGACAUAGGGAAGCACCCAGAACCCAAGAGUAUUUUUGACUUUGAGCCUGGAAAGGGAGCAGUGGUAGAGGAUCGUGGUCAGCCUCUGAGGUCUGAGUCACUGGUGCCUUCAUAUUACACCCCAGUGAAACCUCAGUCCCAGUCUCCAUCCAUAGAGGCGACACUGGUGUCAGAGCUGAACCGUUUUGAGGCGGAGCUGGAUUCAGACAUUCGUGGUCUGGAGAGGAAACUGUCACAGAAGCAGCAGCAGCGGCGAGGCAGGGGUGAGGGACUAAAAGCCAACACAGCAACCACAAGACCAGAAGAGAACAGACAAGAAAACAGCUAUCCCGUAAUCCCCUGCUCUGUUGUGAAGCAGGGCUCAACAGCGAGCUUCAUGCAUGCUGAUGAUCGCGCAAUAUCGGACAUGGAUUUUCCACCUAAGAAAGAAGAGAGAAAGAUGAAAGCAGCGCGAGCCAAAUUUAAUUUCCAAGCACAGUCACCAAAGGAGCUGGCCUUACAAAAAGGUGAUGUAGUGUACAUACACCGGCAGGUGGACGCCAACUGGUAUGAAGGAGAGCAUCAUGGAAGAGUAGGGAUCUUUCCCACCAGCUAUGUGGAGAUUAUUCCUCCAACAGAGAAGCCCACACCAAUAAAGUCACCCACUAUCCAGGUGUUGGAGUACGGAGAGGCCGUAGCCCUGUUUAACUUCAACGCCGACCUACCUGUGGAACUGUCUUUCAGAAAGGGCGAGGUGAUCUCUAUCACCAGGCGUGUUGAUGAUCAGUGGCUGGAGGGUCGUAUCGCCGGCACCAACCGUAGUGGAAUCUUCCCCGUCAGCUACGUUCAGGUCAACAAAAUGCCUCGCACCAAAAGCGGCGAUGACUUUCCGUCUUCUCCCGCUCUUUCUCCAGAGCCCCUCAGCCCUGGUCAACCACAGCACUCCCCUCUCUCUCCCUUGUCACGCUCCCCCGAACCCCAGCUUUCACCUCACAAACACUCCAGCCCAUCACGCUCCCCUCUGUCACACGCACGCCCCACCUCCCCAAAACAGCCUUUAAACCACUUCCUGUUCUCGCCUGGCCCCACUUCAUCCACAAGGACCGGAUUGUUGCACCCUCACAGCCCACUGGAAAAGGACGCCAGAUCACCCAUGUCACCCUCCAAUCAUGUGCUGACAUCUUCACAGGGCCCAGGACUGCCAGCGAACACCAGUCCCCACCCUCCGUACAUCAUACAGGAAAGGACCAGAACACAAUCUCCACAGCUCAAUGCAGAUGUCAAAAUUCCUUCCACAUCACAGUCUCCUGUGAACAUGGGUUAUUCACGACAACCGUAUAAAGCGGUUUACAACUAUAAACCCCAGAACAGAGACGAGCUGGAGUUGAGAGAGGGAGACAUUGUUCAGGUCAUAGAGAAGUGUGAUGACGGCUGGUUUGUAGGUACGUCUGAAAGGACCCAAGCUUUUGGAACAUUCCCUGGCAACUAUGUGGCACCAGUUUGAGAGCUUCCACCAGUUCUUGCUCACUGACACUACAGGCUCAACCACUAAUGAAAAAUGCAAAAUACAGUCUGUCUGUACUGCCACUGUACACUACAUACAAAACCACUGCCCUCCUCACACACACAAACAUAAAACCGUAAAAACGUGUUCACAUCCUCCACCAAGCAUGUGCACUUCUCACCUUAUAGUAUCUCUCGCAGAUGUUGGACACGGUUGGGUUUGACCACUCACGUGUGAUGAAGCCACCCUGCAUUAUGCUUUUAUUUGUAGUUUUCCACAAUGAUCUAAAAUGACUUAUUCCGAUUGAACAUCUUUGUAAAGUUUACCUUCAUUUUGGUUUCAGAUUUGUAGCGAUAUUCCCCUUGAACACUGCAAACCCUGAGGAUCUGGAUGUAAGACAUGGUUAAAACCGUCCAUUUUUUAUUACAAUAAUUUUUUUUUCAAACACUCAUCACAAUUGUCAUUUACUUGUUGCGCUGGCUUUGCUGAUCGCCACGUCGUAUUAUAAACACAACCGCAGUCUUUGCAAUCAUUAUCAUAAGUGUCUGUAAACGCUUAAUGCAGUUGUCUCCAAGUGUUUAAUAUGUCUGUAUUAGGUUCGAGUUAGUGUGUAACCAACCCAGCAUGCAACAUCAUCUUCAGCUUUAGGACAGGGAAAGUGUUACUUAUGAUUUCAGACUCUUUUGUAUGAGUAAAAGUCUCCUGCUCAGUAAAAAACCAAUAAGGGUUUGAUAUUUUGUGGUGGGUUCCAGCCAGACUAGAUUAAGCAUGGUUUUUGACUUUACAUAAAUGACUAAAUCCAUAUCCAAACCAUAAUCAGCUGAAAAUGUUAAUUAAGGCAGGAUCAGUUUUCAGGAUCGGGAUCAGAAGAACAUCAUGAUUUGCAUGUAUAUUCAUGUAUUUACUGUGCUUGAGAAGCAAAAUAGUAAAAGGAAAAAUUUCAGAGAAUAUAUCUGUAAGCUUAUAUAUGUUUGACAUUUUCUUGUUUUAAGCUUAUAUACUAAGAUUCAUGUUUACAGCAAGAACUAAAAACACAAAACAUUACAUAUUAAUCAUAAAUUCUUAUGAUUUUCCAGGUUGAAAUUGACACCUUAAAGGGAACCCAGGAUAUUAGGACUUGUAUGGCUUAAUAUAACAUAAAUGAUGUCUGAAAUAACGGUAAAUCCAAAAGCAGCCAAAUCUGUUAACUACAAACAUCAUAAACUCAUUUUUUUAGGUAAGAACCAGACAUGGGUGUCAUGUAGGCUAAUAAAAUAGUUUUAAUGGGACUGAAUUUGUAUUUAAUGUGAUAAUUUAAUUAAAACGUUAAGAAAUGUAUAAUUAUAAUGUUUCAUUUGAUCUAUGGCCAGUUUAAGCACUCUCAAAAAAACUAAUUUAAUGCUAUAAUCACGCUCAGCAAAACUGAUGAGUUUCUGCGAUGGCUCAUCUGAACGCCUCUGGUUGGCCAUUGCAUUCCUAAGCUCAACAGAAUCGUGUGUGAUUGGUUAUAAUGCGCAAAAACUCCAUAAAAGGAAUCGUAAUUUAAUGCCGCAACCAGUGUUGCCAAGUCCACCGUUUUUCAGCGGAAUUGGGCUACUGAACACUGUUUCUGUGGGUCGAAGCAACCUCAGUAAUGUUAUAUUUAGCCCGGGAAUGUGAGCUGUACCAGGGGAACCCUGCCAAAAAAUGUGUAUUUUUACCCCUCGAAACGGGACUGGCCUGGUUUUGGGCUAGUUUUGGGUAGCAAUUGGGGUUUUGUUGUGAAAACCUGGCAACCCUGGCUGUAAUCAACACACUCCAUCCAUUUUCGCUUUGUUAGCAACAGACUUAAUAGAUUUAAUUUGUUUGUGCAGGGGCAUUUUUGUCCAAUUUAGUGCCAUUUUUGCCCCAAGACCCAGUGGCCUUACACACGCUCCGCCUAUGCAAUAUGUAGUAAAAAACCCAUGAAAGAUUUACCUUAUUUUUUUAAAAAAUGACAUUGUUUUAUACAUAUUUUGGACUAUGGAGGGGGCCAUUAUUUUGAUGACGUGAAAUGGUUGCACUCUAUCAGCUUCUGCUACCUGUUGCUAUUUUUACCGCAACACAACUUGGAAAAUAAAAUACUGACUAUCGAUUAGCCUACCUGGGAUAUUAAGUGAAAUCCCUGCUGAGAAAUCAGUGGUUGCAGCAUCAUAACAAGUGUCGCAUGUUUACAUUCUGUCAGGAUGGUUUCUGUGGUCUACUAAAAGCCUCAAAGGCAUCAGGACUAAAGUGAAGAAAACAAAGACGCAAGUCUUUAGGAAGUUUUAUUCGUCCACAGGCAUCUUCUCAUUUUUUUCUCCUCUUCUGAUUGCUAGGAAAGCAAUGAAGACCUACAUCGCUUCUCUUGUUGACCUCCGACUAAAAAUUACAACCAAAAGCCACACAAUGUGGCAUCGUAUAAGUAUUUUAUUUAACGGGUUGUGCUGAGGUAAAAAUAGCAACAGGUAGCAGCUCACCAAGUGCAGCUAUUUCAUGUCAUUGUAAAAAUGGCGCCCCCCAUAGUCCAAAAUAUGUAUAAAAAGAUGUGGAUUUUUAAAAUAACGUAACUCUUUUAUGGGUUUUCUACUACAUAUUUCAGUAAGAGAUGUAAUUUAUGCUAUAUUAAGCCAUAAUAGCAGGGGUUCCCUUUAAAAUGAAGUCAGCUUGUGUUUAUUACAUCAAAGAACAUGUGCACAGAUUUCAGGACAGGAGCCGGAGGACUUUUCACUGAUGGUUUAUGUUGGCUAUAAAAAUAGUUGUGGAAGAUGCCGGCAUUCACUGAAUUCCAUCAUUAACUCACGUUGUCUUCUGUUUUUAAUUAGCCUAUUUGGGAAGUGAAGUAGCUGACUGCAUUUCGUUGUACAGAUUGUUGAAUCCUUAUCAUACAGUUAUCGAAUAAUGGAAAAAAAGAUAAUAUAUUUUUAUUGACACACAAUGUAUUGCAGUAUGUAAGGUACUCACAGAUUUUGAUAAUGAUCAAAUAAAUCAUGA